UGCCAUGUGACAAUAACUUUGUCAAUACUUAAAUGAUUGUCAAGAAAUUUUAAUAGAAUAACGUCAGAUAUAAUGUGUCUUAUGUUUUUAAGUUCCAUGAAGAUGAAAGCAAGAUAACAAAACUUACAGCAAAAUUAAUAUUAGCAAUACUUAUUGAACGCGCUGUAAUCGUGAAGGGUGAUUCGUAUUUCUAACCAAUAAUUUGCAUUAAUCAAUUGAGCAAGUUUUUGUAUCCCACUCUAUUAUAGUUCAAUUUAAUUUCAGAUUUUAGCGCGGAUUAUAGACAUAGGACCCACGCAACUGUGAUCGUGCACCUGUAUUAAACAUUUAAUUAAUUAGGAACCAAGCAAGUGGAUUUGUGUGACUGCUAGUUGUCAUAGAUAUAGGACCCAUGGAACUGUGACCAUACGCCUGUAUUAAACAUUUAGGAACCAAGCAAGUGGAUUUGUGUGACUGCUAGUAAAUUAUAGAUCCAAGCAGGACCCAAGCAAUGGUGAUCGUGCACUUGUGUUAAAUAUCUAGAAACCAAGCAAGUGGAUUUGUGUGGCUGUUAGUACAUUAUAGAAAUUGGACCCAAGCAACUGUUAUCGUGCCCCUGUAUUAAACAUUUAGGAACCAAGCAAAUGGAUUUAUGCGACUGCUAGUAUAUUAUAGAUAUAGGACCCAAGCAACUGCUUGGAAACCAGUUUGUUUCCCGUUCAAUUUGUAGCAACGCAUCGCUUAUGUUUAUUUGAAAAUUAUAGAUAUAGGACUCGAGCAAGUGUGAUCGUGCAUCUCUGUUAUACAUUUAGGAACGAAGCAAGUGGAUUUGUGUAACUGCAUUCAGAAAUGGAGGCGAAUAACCAAGGAACCGAUAGGAACCACAAACAAAAACUAGAAAAUAAUUUUGAAUGUGAUAUUUGUGACAAAACAUUCGCACGUUCAUCUUUUCUUAAAGUGCAUUAUAAAGUACAUACCGGAGAAAAUGGAUUUAAAUGUGAUGUUUGUUUCAAAACAUUUGCAUGUAAACCUGAUAUUCAAUGCCACUAUAAUAUACAUUUAAGAUCGAGUAGUGAAGAUAAAGCCUACACAUGUCAUAUUUGUUCAAAACGAUUUACAUCAACUACUUAUCUAAAAAAACAUUAUAAAAUACAUAUUGGGAGAAAAAAUAACUUUAAAUGCGAUAUUUGUCCGAAAGAAUUUUCAACGAAUUCGAAACUCCGAGAACAUAAGGAACGACAUGCUGGACAACGAGAUUUCAAAUGUGAUAUUUGUUUUAAAACGUUUGUUUGCAAAAAGGAUCUUAAAUCUCAUUAUUUACGACAUGAAGCAAGUGCAGCCCCUAAAGACUACGAAUGUGAUAUUUGUUCUAAAAGAUUCGCAUUCAAAUAUUAUUUAAAAACUCAUUAUAUAAUACAUUCUGGGAGAAAAGACUUUAAAUGUGAAGUUUGUUCUAAAUUGUUUUUACGACGUUCUGGCCUAAAACAACAUAAUAGACUUCACACUGGACAAAAGGGUUUCAAGUGUAAAGUUUGCGCCAAAGCAUUUAGACAUUAUGGUACUCUUAAAAUACAUUAUAAAACACACACUGGAGAAAAGGGAUACAAAUGUGAUGUUUGUUCUAAAGAAUUUUCACAGGGAUCUCAUCUCAAAGCACAUCGAUUGAUACAUUUUGGAAAAAUGGAUUUCAAAUGUGAUGUUUGUUCGAAAACAUUUUUACGAAAAUGUGGACUAAAAUCACAUAGUAAAAUACAUAUUGAAAGGAAAGACUACAAAUGUGAUAUCUGUUCUAGAACAUUUAGCACAAAACGCAAUCUAAAAAAGCAUUCCAUCAUACAUUCUGGACAAAGAGAUUUUAAAUGUGACACUUGUUUUAAAUCAUAUUUUCACAAGUCGGCACUUGAAUCACAUUACAAAAUGCAUACUGAAUUACGAAAAUCGUUCAAGUGUGAUUUUUGCCCAAAAGCAUAUUCGUACAAAAAGAGUCUUCUUUGUCACAUUCAAUAUCAUACAGGGGGUGUAAAGAAGGACUUCAAAUGUAAUAAGUGUCCUAAAACAUAUGCUACAAGUUUUCAACUCAAAAGUCAUGAUAAAAUACACACCGGAGAAAGAAAUUUUAAGUGUGAUAUCUGUCAAAAAUCAUUCGCAGAGAAGAUCAAUCUAAGAUUACAUCUUAUAGUACAUACUGGUGGUGAAAAGAAUUUCAAAUGUGAUGUUUGUUCCAAAGCAUUUUUACGAAAUGGUGGCCUUCAAACACACUAUAAAAUACACACUGGAGAAAAAAACUACAAAUGUGAUAUUUGCUCCAAAGCAUUUAGAAAUAGUGGUAGUCUUAGAAGUCAUAAUAAAAUACACACCGGAGAAAAGGAUUACAAAUGUGAAGUAUGUCAAAAAUCAUUUACAGAGAAUGGAAAUCUAAAACGUCAUCUUAAAACACAUACUGGCGAAAAAGAUUACAAAUGUGAAGUAUGUCAAAAAUCAUUUACAGAGAAUGGAAAUCUAAAACGUCAUCUUAAAACACAUACUGGCGAAAAAGAUUACAAAUGUGAAGUAUGUCAAAAAUCAUUUACAGAGAAUGGAAAUCUAAAACGUCAUCUUAAAAAACAUACUGGCGAAAAUAAUUUCAAAUGUUCUAAACCAUUUUCAGUGAAUACCAAAACACGUGAAGGACAAACUGGAUUGAGAUGUUUCGUCCUGCUAAAACGUUUGCCAGAACAUCUAUCAGUCUAUCUAUACAACACGGCUUAGGCUUGAAAUGAUGUUCAGUUUAUUGUAUUUGCGCCGAAGCAUUUAUAAGCAGCGACAAUAAUACGCACUGGAAAAAAUAUUACAAAUGUGAUAUCGUCAAAAAUUAUUUACACGGAAUGAACAUCUUAAAGUACAAACUGGAGUAAAUAAUUUCAAAUGUUCUCAGGUAAUUUAGAGACAAUCUUCGAAGACAUGAUGAAACACAUGAAAACCUGAAAUUGAAUGUUUCAUUCUUCUAAAAUAUUCGCCUGAGUAUGUGUCCAUGCCUCACUGCUUAUAGGCUUGAAAUGAUGAUGUUCAAUUAAAAAUCUAUAAUUCUAGAAUAUAAUGAUUAGUUGUAUAUUGUGCAUUGGCACGUUAUCUACUUUGAAGGGAUGUAGAAGGGAUAGAGAUGAGAGUAAGUCACAUUUUACAAUAUCUUUUACUUUCAUUACUCCAUCUCAUGUCUAUUUUCUAAAACGUCCAAAAAUUCCGACUAAAAUAAUCUUUAUAUUUAAGGACAUUUGGCCAAAAUUGACAAAGGAACGCCCAACUUCAACUCUAAUGAACGUAGAUGUUGUUGCAUUUUAAAACUUCACCAAUUUCUAUAUUUUAUCAGAUAUUUCAAUGUAUGAUAUGCCAUAAAAUUAUAGCUAAUUGAUUGUGAAAUAAAAUGUAAUCAAUAGAAACAACAACAAAAAUUUCUAG